GAAGGAUCAAACCUCUCAACUUGCACUCAGUUAGUACAGUGAUUGCUCUAUAAAUACUGGAACUCAAAGUCUAAAGUUUCAUCAAGCCUCCCUCAACCAAUUGUAUACAUGGGAACCUUAUUGGAUCAUUCCAAUAUGCAUAAUGAACACGAUGAUCAGCGGCAGCUUCCUUAUGAGAUUGCGGAGGAAAUUCUGCUGCAACUGCCGGUGAAGUCCCUUCUUCGUUUCAGAAGCGUAUGCAAGCCAUGGCUUGCUCUCAUCUCCGACCCAAAGUUUGUCAAGUCACACCUCCUUAUCCGCUCUACCAAACAAGAUGACGAUGACGAUGAUCGUGAUCAUGAUCAUGAUGCUCACGGCAAAACUACAUCGUCAAAAGCACGACUCAUGCUCUCCUCUUUGUCCCUCCUCCAGUCCGUCCACAUACAAGUUCUCAAUACCACUACUAUUGAUGCACCCGCAACGGCAACCUUGCCAUCCCGUGGCGACGGUGAAGCAGAAAGUCUAGCAGAAGCAAAGGCAGAAACAGAAGCGAAGGCAGAAGCAGCUGGCACAACUGGUGCUAAUAGUACUACAAGGGUCGUGGAGGCGGAGCAUGAGUACUCUGUGAUAAUGAGGCGGCCGGUCAAAGACAUGAAGAUUGUCGGCUCUUGUAACGGCCUGGUGUGUUUGGUGGUUGACUCGGAAGAUAUGAUGAUUUAUAAUCCAUCCACCAGGCAGGUUCAUGCAGCCCCAAAGUUGCCGACAAUCUCCGGUAAGGAUUACUUCUAUGGCUUCGGUUACGAUUCGCGCAAGGAAGACUAUAAAAUAGUGAGGGCCACUUCUUCAAGUAAGGCCGGCGUUUUCGCCACCCAACUUGACAUUUAUUCUUUGAAGACCAAUACAUGGAGAGCCAGGUCCGAAACCCUGCCUUUUUACUUACUGUUCAACCUUGUCGGAACCCUACUCAACGGGGCUCUCCACUGGGCAGUCCGCCGCGGAAAGACUACUGAUCAAGCUUCCGCAAAUGGUGACGAUGAGAGACCUUUCUCAAUCGUUUCUUUCGAUAUAGCGGAGGAGACGUACCGGCAAGUUCCCCUACCGGGAGACGGCGACAAGAAUUUCUCGUUCUAUGGUUUGGGGGUUUUAGGAGGGCGGCUGAGUAUGCUUCACAGCCCUCAUGGGUCUGAUUACCAGGUGUGGUUAAUGAAUGAGUACGGGGUCAAGGCAUCUUGGUCUAUUUUCACUACCAUUCCGCGGAAGAUGGAUUCUGAAUACCUAGGGCUGAUGUCACUUCUGAGUAUUUUGAAGAACGGGGAGAUUCUAAUCCUCUUGCAUCAAAGGAAACUAGUCAUUUACAAUCAGGCAGACAGAAACUUCCGAGCCGUCUUUGCCGGGGAUGUACACUCUUCCCAAGUGGUUUUGUACAUGGAGAGCCUUGCUCCUCCCACAGCCAGAGGCGGAGAGCCGAUUUCUGUCCCCAGCCCAGCCGGCUCUCCGCCAUGUCCAAGUCCGACUAGUAAUCUGAAACCCCAAUUUUGAAAUUAAAAAAAGGAGUCGGAUUUGGUGCUUUUGAGCUUUCCUCUACAAAUUGCUUAGUUUUCCGGCAAGGAGGUAAGGUGGCGCUCGUUGGGUGAUGACGUGUCUGGAUCCGGCGAAGCCCGAGUGAUCUGACCGAUUGAUUGACCAAAGUGCUACUACAACUAGGGGGUUUUAUAUUUGAAACCUUAGAGCAGUUCUAGCGUGGGAACCUCCCAAGGCAAUGCACUAUGCUAUCUACCUAGUGAACUUAAUGAACAGUAACCAGCUUUUGCAUCUUCACCAUUGCACUUCAAUAGCCCUGACAAUAGGCAAUAAAAUAUUAGUAAUUUUUUUAUUUAUAAAAUAAUACAAAAUAAUUUUAUUUGUAA